UUGGCCUCUGUUGCUUCGCAUAGACGAUAGAUUGAUACGAAGCCAGUUUGUUUUUCGAGCAGCUGAACAAUGCCCUCCACCAGCACCCAAUUGCAGGACUGCGCUUCUCUCCCUUCCGGGUCUAGUUCCUGGAAAUACGACGUCUUCUUGAGCUUCAGAGGCACAGACACCCGCAAUGGCUUCGUUGACCAUCUCUAUUUUGCUCUGCAUCAGAAGGGCAUUUUCACGUUCAAGGAUGACCUGAAGCUCGAGCGAGGUGACUCCAUUUCUCCGGCGCUCCUGAAAUCCAUAGAAGAGUCGAGGCUUGCCCUCGUUAUUUUCUCCGAGAACUACGCUUCUUCCAAGUGGUGCUUGGAGGAACUCGUUAAGAUACUCGAGUGCCAGAAGACGAGGGGACUUACCGUUUUGCCGAUUUUUUAUAAAGUAGAUCCCUCGGAUUUACGGAAACAAAGAGGAAGCGUUGGAGAAGCAUUCGCCAUACACGAGCGAGAUUCCGGCGAAGAGAAGGGGAAGCAGAAGGUGCAGAGAUGGAGGAAUGCUCUAAUGGAAGCGGCCAAUAUUUCUGGGUGGGAUUCAGAAAAUGGCACAACCCACGGGAGACUUCAGUUGUUAUUGAGGCAUUGUAGGUUUGGCUUCAAUUCCUUGACAGAUGAGGAUUUGUGGGUUGAAACUUCUUGCAAGUUUGAUUGUUUCUGGCUGCUCAAAACUUAGCAAGUUGCCCGAGAACCUAGGAGGAUUGGAGAGAUUGCAGGAACUUCGUGCUGAUUUUACUGCUAUUAAGCAACCACCAUCCUCGAUUAUACACCUGAAGAAGCUUAAGGUUUUGUCAUUUUUGGGAUGCAAGGGACCAGUAACAUCAAGACCACGGAAUUCACUAUUAUCAUAAUUUCUAAUUCGGAAAGAACGUCAAGAUCACGUGGGGUUUGAGCUAUCUGCUCCAUUAGGCUUACGCUCUUUGUUUUUACUAGAUCUCCGUAAGUGCAACUUCUCAAAAGGAUUUCUCCCAAAUGACCUAGGCUCCUUAUCCUGUUUGAGCCAUUUAUACCUUAGUGGUACCAACAUUAUUAGUUUGCCAGCAAGCAUCAAUGGUCUUUACGGGCUUAACUUUCUUGAGUUGAUGGAUUGCAAGAAGCUUAAAACGUCGCCCUAUCUCCCGACAAAUAUCGUUUCCAUUAAUGCAAGUGGAUGCACAUCAUUAGAAACAUUGUCGGAUCCGCCUAUAUUGCCUAGAACUCUUGCAGGGGUCCGUUUAAUGCAUUGUCAUACACUAGUAAAGAAUAGGCCCGGCCUCCCCCUUGAACUUCUCAGAAAUUAUCUUAAGGUCCAUCUCUCUCUCUCUCUCUCUCUCUCUCUCUCAUGUUUUUAUUUGUUGUGGCAGGGUUUUGUUUAUUCCCUAUGCACUAUUGUUGUUCCUGGAAGAGAGGUUCCAAAGUGGUUCAGGUAUCAAAAUAAUAUGGGGAAUUAUGUUCGAAUCCAGCUGAUACCAGAUUGGUAUCAAAGGCUCAGGGGUUUUGUUGUAUGUGCUGUUUUUGAAGCAAAGGCUCCUUCAAUUGAUGCCAAAGCCUAUCUGGAAUGUUACGGGAUGCGCGAUGAUGUUGCAGUCUAUGCCCAGAAUAUCACCAUUUGCGGAUUCCAUUUUCAGUCAGAUCACUUAUUUGUGGACUACAUGGCACUUGAAAGUUUUAAGAGGGAGAUGGAAGUUAAUCAUUUGAAAACUUUGACUGAGAUCUUCUUUUAUUUUAGUAGUAGUAGUGCUGAAAUGUUUGUCCCAGUAAAAUGCGCUGUUCAUGUAGUAUAUGAGGAUGACGAAGAACGACUAGAUUCAUGUGCAAGUAUCCAACAAAGUGACUCCGGUGAGUUCCAAUGGAGGGGCUCCCAGUCUAAGUUAACAGAAACUUCAAUUCAAAAUAUACGAACUUCAAUUCAAAAUAUGCGAGAUUCAGCAGCUGGGCUGGACAUCAUCCAUGUUUCAAGAUUCAGUUGUACUCAUAAGAAAUCAUACCUGCUCGGGUGGACUAAUGGGAGGAUGACAUCCAUAAGUUUCAGUAACGCUAUUGUAUUAUAGGUAGAAAAUCAUUCUGGCCCCGGUGGACCGAUGGGAGGAUGAAAUCGGUAACAUUCGGUCAGCCAUGGGUUGAGGGCCAAGUGCUUCAAGUGGAUUAGUAUUUGUAAAUUUGUGAGUUAUAUUGAUGAUUGCUGUUAUAUUAUUUUUUAAGUUAUA